CGGCUCGGAGCCUUCAGAUAAGUUACAAAAAUCGAAGUGAAUAUUACCACAAAGUGUACAUUCUCAGUACGGUAAACGUACAUCUAUCAAAAAAACCAACGAAAAAUCUUGUAAAGAAGUGUAAAAUUUUCAAAUGCGUUCAAGAAUGAGUGUCGUACCGAAGUUAUUUUCUCAUUGGUGGGAGGCUCUCGAACGUCCGCAUCGACUGAUGGAUCAACAUUUUGGGUUAAUGGUGAGACCCGAAGAUCUCAUGCCACCGUCAUUCAUCGAGCGCCGAUUCCAACCGAAUUAUUAUCGUCCUUGGGCCGAGCUCAUGCGAGAAGCUGAAAAAGGUUGGUCGAUGGUGAAAAACGACAAGGACAAAUUUCACGUUGCCCUGGACGUCCAACAAUUCAAACCCGAAGAGAUUCAGGUUAAAGUCCAGGACAAUUUCAUCGUGGUCGAGGGCAAGCAUGAGGAGAAACGGGACGAUCAUGGCAUCGUGUCAAGACAUUUCGUUCGAAAAUACAUGGUGCCCGAGCAGUGCGAUCCUGAACAAACUACGUCGACUCUCUCCUCCGAUGGUGUCCUUACGAUCUCAGCUCCAAGAAAACCUGAAUCUCUGGAAAGCAAACGUGUCAAACCCAUACCGAUUGAACACACCGGGAAACCAGCCAUCGAAAACGAACAGGAGCAAGAACAAGAAUCACACAAACUAUCUGCCAAACAGUGAACUUACAAAAUUUACUAACAUUUUUCGCUAGUCCGCCAUUGAUUAUCAUUUUAUCCAUCAACAUUUUUUUUCGUAUAUUAUUUUCAUUUCCUUACUCUUGUUACGUCAUUAAAAUUUUGUAUGUUCCUACAAAUUCCAUAUGUUGAACAAAAUGGCUGUAAAUGGUAUAUUUUAGUGUUGACAAAAAUUUUGUAUAAGUAAGUCCGUUAUAAUAAAAACAGAAAAAGAAAUUGAAAAAAAAAAA